AUGGCUGCAGCACCAUCAUAUGCAGAAGUUUUGAAAAAAGAUACCGAUAUUGAUAAUAAAGAACAUGAUAAUAGUGAAACAGAAGCUAAUUCCACCUUCCACAACACCUCCAGUUAUUCUUACAAACCUAGUGCUUCUAAAGGUAUAAUAACAAUAAGCAGUGGUGGAAUAGAUGACAACUAUACAUCUAGAGGAGGAAGUGAUAAAAAAUCAAAAAAAUUAUCAAAAAAAACAAUUAUUCUAAGCGCUACGUUAGAUAUCGCUUUAGCUGGAAUGCUGAUUGGCUGGAUUUAUAAGAAACCUACUGCUACUAAAAUUCAAAUUGGUGUUGGAUCAAUUGGCUUAUUAUCAUUAUACGGCGCUCAAUGUUUUGAUAAUGAAAUUCUUAAAAUUAUUCCUGGGAGAGUUUCAACUGAAGCAGAUGCAAUUUUAUCAUUUGACACUGAAGGGACUGUUGCUAAAGCUAACCAUUUGAUUGGACUUUAUGAGGAAGCUGAUAUUGUUGUAUGUGCUGAGGCAGGCAUAACUUUGGUUUCACCAUUUGUUGGUCGUAUUCUUGAUUGGUAUAAGAAAAAUACAGGACGAGAUUUUUCAGCCAAAGAAGAUCCAGGGGAAGGCAAAGAAUUAGCUGGUUGUGAUCUUUUGAUUAUUAGUCCAAAAUUGUUAGAACAAUUACAUUCUGAUACUAAAAAAACCAUUAAAUGUAAUCUAAGUCCUGAAAAUGUUAAAACAUCGUACGAAGAAAAAGUUACCUUUGAUGAAAAAGGUUUCAGAUGGGCACUUAAUGAAGAUGCUAUGGCUACAGAAAAACUUGCUGAAGAUAUUUGA